AAGUCUAUUACUCCGUAUCAAUUUAUAUUCUUAUUGAAGUACCGUGGGUCGUGGGAAUUUAUCCCUUUCUUUUUUAUGCUAACUAACCUUUACCGACUGAUCCUCCGAAAGCAGCGGGAAAACGGGACAUUUCUGCAACAGAGGAGGUACGUACGUAGGACAUUCUUCUCCAUGGAUCCAAGCAGAAACAAAAAAUUUAAUUGGUUUCAUGGAAAGAAAACCAAUCAGUCUCAUAUUUGCAUCAUCUCAAUUAAAGCACUUUGAUUUCUAUGCAUCCCUAGACUUUUAUUUAUGAUAAAUAAGUAAAAGUCUAGCCAGCUUAAUUAGCCUGUAAAUUUUGUCUUUAUGUAAAUUAUAGUAUGCGAUAUCUCUCAAAGAUUCCAAAAAGUUGUUGUAUUGCGUUGAGAUAGAAAAUGGGGAUGACUUCAAAAGACAUUCAAACCUAUCUAUGGAUUUUUCUUGAAUUUUCGAUGAAACUAAUUUGUACAUAUGUAAGGGAACAUCCCUUGUCCUCAUUUGUUUGCUUCGUGUUCAUCAUCUUGUAUGUGUUCUUCUCAUCAAUCUUCUGGUUCCUGAUUUACUCUCUUCCUAUUUUUCUAAUGUCCGGCAUUGUAGUUAUAGUGAUAUACGGUCCUGAACGUCCCAAAGAUGACGUUGGGAAUAGGGGGAAAAUCGAAGAUGAAGUGGGGAAGAAAAAGAAAUGUGUUGGCCGUGCUCGGUCUGUCAGACGUCGGAAAUCCAAGAAGGAUUUCCCGCCAUAUGUUGAGGAUAAUGGCGGUUCAAUUUUCCCACCAGAAGGUUUUGGUGACCACCAUGUGUUCGAUAAAAGUACUCUGACAGAAGAAGAAGAACAACAUCACAUGAAGGAUAUCAGAGAAGUAGUUGAGGUUCAUUCUGUGACAGAAUGUUGCUCUUCCUUUGAUCGUUUUUCUAAGGAUCGGCAAAAGAAGCCUGCUUUUAGGGGGAGUAGAGAUGAGGGUGAGAUUAAAAUGAUGAAGGAUGAUGAUUCUGAUGAUAACGGAGAAGAAAAUGUUAAGAGGAGUAAGGGUGGUGUGCAAUGGACAACUCAUGGUCAUCCUCAGAAUAAGAAGAAUCUGAUGGAUCUCUCUGAGAUGGAAAGGAAUAAAAGGUUAGAGAGUUUAAUGGCGAGACGUAGAGCAAGAAGACUGGUGAGCAUCCAUGUGAGGAGGACUUUGAUGAAUCUGGGAAGCGAUGAUCCUCCCAUUUCCAUUAUGAUUCCAAGAACGAAUUCUAACUGUUCAUCAAACGGUGGUCUUUUUUCACCCUCUGCCCCGGGUUCCGCCCCUUCAGUUUUGUUGAAAAACCGCAACCCGUUUGACCUGCCUUAUGAUCAGCAUGAAGAGAAGCCCAAUCUUAGCGGAGGUAGUUUCCAGCACGACUUCAUGGUUCCUCAGCAAGAUUUGAUGUUCUGUAGGCAUGAGAGCUUUGCUUUAGGUGGUGGCUCAUUCUUUGGGGAGUUUGAAUCUGAUGUUGAUCUGCAUAAUGUUGAAUCUUCUGAAAAUUACAGAUCUAGAACCCCAUUUGGUAAGGAAGAUGCCGCUGAUGAGCUAAUGAAGCAAGUUUCAGUUGAAGAACCUGAUAAGUUGAACUGUGUGAGUCCCAGCAAUAUCAAAGAGCCAGUCUCUACAACUCAGUAUGAAGAAGAUAACGGAGAAGUUCAAAUAAAAUCAGUACUAAUUGAAGAUAUUGAUGAUGAUAGAACAAGUUCAUCAUCUUCAUCUCCUUCAGAAUCAGAAGAAGAUGAGCCAUUUUACAGAAUUGAUAAAAAUGCAAUCAUAAAGUCACUUAGUACACCUCCAGCUCCAAGAAAUAACCAGGAAAUUGGUCAGGAAGGCCGCCAGAUUGCCAGAAUGGAUGAAAAUUACUAUUUUGCCAAAUUUUCCAUGUUUCCUACCCCUAGCCAUUCUAUUGCUUCUGACUUACAGGUGGAGGUAUCUGAACUUGGUUCUCCACCAAGAUCUGUUGAUGGAUCCUCUUCACUAGAGGAAGAAAUUUCAGUGUACAAUAGGGAUACGGAUGAGAAAGAUUCGUCUGACACAGUAUGGGCGGCUUCAUCAGGAUUAGAUCAAAAUGAAUCAAGGUCUAGAGAAGCACCUCAGGUUACUGAACCAGAUCUAGUUGAAGUUGGAUUUUCAAGUAUUCACCCCACACAAAUCAUUUCACCGGAGGGAGUGAUCCAACAAGAUUCAGAUUUGUGUACACCCACACAUGCAGAUAAUAAGGCUGAGGAAAAUGACAUUUUAGAGCUGAUUAAGCGUAACAGUCAUGAAAAGCAAGGUGCAGAGUUGGACACUUCUGAAGAUAGUAAUAUUCCAGCUGAUCUUGAAGAAGCAUCAUUGUUCCUGCCAAAAUCACGUCAUUUGGACCAGGAAACAGAAUUGGAGGUUCCACAUUAUUUACGGAAUCAGGAGGUACUGGAUGCAAGUUCUAUUGAA